UGUACUGUCCCUUUAACUCAAACACGUGUUAGCUCUAAAUAUCCGGUUCUUGGUGGAUAAUUUGUUUGAAAACCUUAGGAAUGUCUCGAAUGUGUCCGACCAAACACGAUUUGACGUGACAUUAUUUGAAUGUCCUGCGUCAGAGUUCAUAUGUCGCUAACUUAUUGUACCACAAUAGCACAUCACAAGUGCUGAAAUAGUGACCGUGGUAACCCCACAUUCCGGGUGCGGUAUGUAGCUCUGGUUGUUAGGACGGUUGUUGGUGAUCUGCUGGUUGUUAGUGAUCGGCUGGUUGUUUUUCUGCUGGUCUUCUUCUCACAUCGGAUGAUGGAGCCACCCAGCUUCGUGUCAGGUCGAGAGGACAUUUCAUCGGUGUUCCUGGAGAAAACGCCGGAUGACAAAUACAAUGAUUUAAGUGACCAGUAUGCUUACGUAAGAAAGAUUCGUGGGGAUGGGAAUUGCUUCUACCGUGCCUUCUGUUUUGCAUACCUGGAGUCGAUUCACAAAAAUGACAGGAUUUUGCAGAGAUUCAAGGUUAGACUGAUGAAGAGCAGAGGAGAGCUGUCCUCGGCAGGAUUGGAUGAGACUGCCUUUAAUGGUCACCUGAAUAAAGUCAUAGACGUUGUGGAGCAAUGCCAGGCAGAUGAGAAAGAAGAGACGUUGCUCACACUCUUCAAUGAGCAAUCUACCUCCGACAGCGUCGUCCAGUAUCUGCGACUGCUCACGUCCACCUACCUACAAAACAACGCAGACUUCUUCUGUAACUUUGUAGAAGCACCUUGCCUGAAAACCUACUGCAAACAAGAAGUAGAGACGAUGGCGAUGGAGUGCGAUCACGUAGACAUCUUGGCUCUACUGAAGGCCCUGGAUGUUGGCAUCCACGUAGUGUCCAUGGAGGGCCACGACCAUCGGCUGGUUCACCACAUCAUUCCAGAGGGGGCAGAGCCCUCCCUGCAUCUUCUCUACCACACCUCCCACUACGACAUACUCUAUCUGCGUUCCAAACUCUGACCACUGCUGUCCACCAAAGACUCCAGCCAUCUAAGGGCUGUUCAUCGGAUGUAUAAACAUCAAAAGGAUUUAAGAAAAAGUCAUAAACAAAUGCCUUUCAUACCAUAAUGUAAUUGUACAGUGAUUGUAAAACAUACAGAGAUAUAAUUUUGCACAAUAUUGUCUUCAAAAAGGUUGUUUAAAAUAUUCCUGGACGUAAAAAGACAUUUCUCACGUGUCUGUCCGCAAAUAAAAGUGUUUCCGUCAAUGCUCAUUGCUGCUGUUUAGCCUUCUUCUGUCUUGGUUUCUUGGGCUGUUUUGAGACACUGGUGAUGGCCGACUCCACACCUGCCCGAGGCAUCACAGGCAGGGAGAGCUUGCCCAUCUGGGUGGGGUACUUGGUCCGGAUGUCGUGCUUGAACACUGGCUGCGAGAGCAAGUACUUCAAGUGCUUCUUCAUGCCCUUCACCAUCUUCUGCUGCUGGCGGUCGUCAUGUUCGUCUCUUCCUCUGCCUGAAAAGCAAAAAGUGACAGUAAAUUACAAACUCCUCCAAACACGUGAGAUGAGUGAAUGAGGUGUUUAUUAUGAGGAAAUGUAACGGUACCCAUCAAAACAUCAUCAUCCAAGUCUACUUCCAGGUCCUCGGCUGCUUUUCUGAACCAGGAGUUGUGGCUCUUCUCUUUGCCGUUAUGGAACUCUAUCUUCUCAAUUUCUCUGGCCAAGCCCACCCUCUCCUUUGAAUGUAAACUGGUAUUAUAUUAACCAAACACAACAUGUCACUGAAGAAAAACCAACAACAACCAAUGUCAAAAGAAGUCACCUUGAUGACAUCCAUGCAUUUGUUCUGUACUGGGAACAUAGAGACUUCUUCUUCAUCCUUUCCAAGAGCCCUGUAGAUCUUCUUGUAGUUGAGCAUAUCGUCUGGACUUAUUAUGAGCAAACUCAGACCUUCUUUGGUGGCUCUUGCUGUCCGGCCGCUGCGGUGAACGUACGUCUCCGAUGUCCUUGGAACCUGGCAUGGACAAAAUGUUUUGAUUUAAAAUCAACUGCUAACCUAACGUCUUCUCUUUGGAGUUGGAGGUAUAAUUGAUAUCCAGCACAUCCUAAAUAUGUACACACUUAUGACCUUCCUUUUAUCCAUAAAUGGAAGUGUCUAAAGAUUCAGUGCCGAUCCAUUUGAAAGUGACAUUUACCUGGUAGUGAACAACAUGCUGAACGUUGGGGAUGUCCAGUCCUCGGGCCGCGACAUCCGUCGUCAAAAGAACACAACUGGAAACGCAAUGAUCAAAACAAAUGUUAUUCCUGAAUCUCCAGACAAGGAGAACAAAAAUAAUGCUGAGA